ACAGCGACGGUCGCAGAAGCGGACACCCAAACCUCUCCUUCCUUCCUCCUCCUCCUCCUCCAUCCCUUCCCCUUCACUUUCCGUACGUAUCUCCAGGUCCAAGCAGCUGCAUACAUAGCUUCGCUCGCGUCGUCUCCGCCAUCGCACUUCGCUCUUCGGACGUCGACCUUCCGAUCUCCCUCUCCCGCCGCCUUCUCCUUGAAGCUAGAGAAAGAGAUCUCGAAUAGAAUGGCGGCGAGGAAGCCUGGUUUGAUUGCUUUGUUUGAUGUCGAUGGGACUCUCACAGCUCCAAGAAAGGAUGUUACUCCUAAGAUGUUUGAGUUUAUGCGGGAACUCCGAAAGGUUGUCACAGUUGGGGUUGUUGGGGGAUCUGACCUAUCCAAGAUAUCGGAACAGCUUGGAAGCACAGUUAUGAAUGACUAUGAUUAUGUGUUCUCGGAGAAUGGCCUUGUGGCACACAAAGAUGGGAAGCUUAUUGAUGUGCAGAGCUUGAAAUCAUUUUUAGGAGAAGAGAAGCUCAAGGAGGUCAUUAAUUUUACUCUUCACUACAUUGCUGACUUGGAUAUCCCAAUAAAAAGGGGCACAUUUAUAGAAUUCCGAAAUGGGAUGCUUAAUGUCUCCCCAAUUGGGAGAAACUGUAGCCAAGAAGAAAGGGAUGAAUUUGAAAGGUACGACAAGGUUCAUAACAUACGUCCAAAAAUGGUGUCUGUCCUGCGUGAAAAGUUUGCUCACCUUAAUCUGACAUUUUCAAUUGGAGGACAAAUAAGUUUUGACGUUUUCCCUCAAGGUUGGGAUAAGACAUACUGCUUGAGAUACCUUGAUGACUUCUCGGAAAUCCACUUCUUUGGCGACAAAACUUACAAGGGGGGGAACGACCAUGAGAUAUACGAGUCUGAGCGAACUGUGGGUCAUACAGUCACUAGUCCUGAUGAUACAGUGGAGCAGUGCAAGGCCCUCUUCCUUGCUGAACCUUGAGCUCAGCGUCAUGUAACAGUCUUUGGCAAUAUCCAUUUGUACUCCGAUUCAUAUGUAUGAGAAUUAACUGGUAUGUGUAACUCAUACCAGUGCAAAAGGGAGCAUGAAAUCCCAAUGUAUGACUCAUUUCUUUUGGCAAAUGGCUUAAAUCACAGAUUGUUUCAUAUUCGCUCGGA